AUGAAGUUUCCAGGACAUAUCUUCGCCAUUUUGACCUUGUCCAUACAAGCAGCCCAAUGCACUGGCCCCCGACAAAUGACUUGGUCCAACAAGACCUUUGGACCCGAUGGCCCCUGGCAAGCUGUCAACGUUAUCGUGGGGAGCAACAACUCGGACCUCAUGCAACCGACCUCGGCAGUUGCACUGUAUCCUGGCGGAAGUUGGGAAAGUAAAAUCUUACUUUCAAGCUUGUGCGACAACACAAACUUAUCCCCGAUAUGCUACGCCGAGGAAGCCGGCCUCUUUGACAGCGACAAAUCGGCGACCCUCGAUAAUAACUCGAUCCAGUUACCUCCGUGUGGGUCUUGGGAUGAUCUCGACUGGGGAUACACCAAGGCUGUUCCGGUUUAUGCUAGGGCAAGACGUGCAACCGACUGGAUUAACAUCCAAGGCACUCCUAUCCCGGAAGUCGACUUAAUUCUCAUACGUGCUGGGUGGCAGACAUACCCAAAUGGCAAGGCUUAUCCUCUGGAGGUUGGUACGCUAUCCCUUGGGAGUCCAGAGCUCAAUCAGACUUUUGGCGCCUCGAUUAAAAUAAACACGACAUUCAUCAACAGUUAUCUAUACGACCAGGGUGGUGUCCAUUCAAUUCCGUCAUAUUCGUACGGAAUGCACAUCGGCUCUGCAUCGCUGGGCAUUCCUGGGUCACUUCAUCUGGGCGGAUACGACCAGAGCCGAGUCAUUGGGGACGUUUCUGCCCAGUCAUACAAUAGCGGGAGUUUUCCGAUCGAGCUUUUUGACAUCAACCUUGGUGUAGCCGAGGGUGGAUCCGCCUGGAGCUAUUCUAACAAAACUGGACUCCUGGGACAGGGGAAUUCCUCCAUGACUUCAAGUCUGACAGUCAUCGUGGAUCCAACAAACCCUUACAUCUAUCUGCCUCAAAGCUCAUGCGAUGCCAUAGCUGCGGAGUUGCCCGUCACCUACCAACCAGAUUAUGGUCUCUAUUUCUGGGACAUAUCCGACCCCCAGUAUAAGAAGAUUGUUACUUCUCCAAGCUAUCUGGCAUUCAGAUUUAGCAAAAACAGCCUGAACAAUGAAGAUAUCACGAUCAAAGUCCCCUUCGCGCUUUUGAACCUCACAUUGGAGGCCCCGCUUGUUGAAACGCCAACUCAAUACUUCCCCUGCAUGGCCACCAACAGUACGCCCGUACUAGGCCGUGCCUUUCUUCAAGCAGCAUUUGUCGGUGUCAACUGGCUACACUCGGGUAAAUGGUUCUUGGCUCAAGCCCCUGGCCCGGACGCAUCUUUCAUCGUGAAUACCGCUACAAUGGAUGAAAGCAACCCUUCUGUGUCGGGCUCGUCUAGCAGCUGGGAAGAUACAUGGAAGCGCCAAUGGGUCGCCUUGCCCAAAGCCUCUACUGAUACGAGGAAUGAAACACACUCGCCCAGCGAUACAACUACACCUGACACUGGCCUCUCUACCACAGCAAAAGUGGGUAUCAUUGCGGGCAGCGCUAUUGGUGGUGCAUUGACACUUGCGAUGAUAUGCGGAUGUUGGAUACACCGCCGCAGGAGGCAUAGGCAAAAUUCCACGGAUGAGGAUAUAGGUGCAAUGUUGAAUGAAAACAACAAAAACAAAAGCCAACCGGAGCUGGUUGAAGCCCCCGUGAGUGAAUGGAAGCAGUUGCAUGAGCUGGAUCCCGAUCUACAAAGAUACGAGAUGGCCUCAUGGCAAAAUCAGGUUUACGAGUUGGGUCCGGAGAAAAAAUCUAUCUUUGAACUGGAUCACAAACGAAGGUCCCAAUUUGGACCUUUCGAGCUCCCCGAGCGGAGUUCUGUAUCCCGACCUGGAUUCAUCUAA